AGUUAAUUUACGUGUUAUCACUGUCACCUGUCACCGCUCAUCAAGGCACUUUCGAUCAUCUUGUAUCUUGUCUCAAAACAGAUUGACCGAACUUUCGCUCUAAGAAUUGAGAAUGUUAUAAACUUCGACCAUUGAACACACUCGAUGGUUAUAACAUGUUCGAUGGUGUAGAUUAUAGGUCUGUUCUCACAGAAAUCACAAACCAUUCAGAGCGUUUUUGAUCGGUGCAAAUCGCCAACAACCAGUUUUAUAACUAUUUUCUACCAAUGAAAUUCCCUCUGACUGGUUUGUGAUUUCUGUGAGAACAAACCUAUCAACGAACUCAUCUCCGACUUUGCAAGACGUAAAGCCAGACGGGUUCAUUUUUAGUGUUGAUAAUAAUUCAAUAGGUUUUGAGAAAUGAUUUUUGUGUUUAGUUAAUUUGAAAAAUACAUAUAUGUAUAUCUAUCUACAGUAUAGAUCUAUUUUCACAGGUAUCACACACCUAAUAGGUACCUAUCAGAGCGAAUUUCAUUGGUUGUAAACUAUCAGAAAAGUGGUUUCUGGCGAUUUGCACCAAUCAAAAACACUACUCCGACUGGUUUAUGAUUUCUGUGAGAACAGACCUCAUGUAAUAAGUAAAUACCUAUUUAUAUGAUAUACUAACUUAUUUAAAAAAAUGAAGUUACUUUUUUUGUCUUAUUCUCCUACUCUCUCUAAACGAUUUCCUAAAAUUUAUUGUUUAUCAUAUUGAUCUUCAACCAUUUUGACAAUACAAUUUGAGAAGGGGGGCGCCAGAAUUGAACUUUGCCUCGGCAUAAAAUAGCUAUUGAACCGGCUCUGACCGGAUUACGUAUAUCACAAAUAAAAUGUCCCUAAUGACAAAUAAUUUCCAAGUAGGUACUCCAAAUAAAAUAAGCCAACACUGACUCAAUUUUAUCGGUCCAUUUCUAGUGAACAUCACGCAUGUUAUUCCUCUUAUCAAUUAUAGGUACCUACAUACCAUUUUGAUAUGAUAAAAUUUCAAAACAAAUAUCAGGCGACUAGUGCCAGCACAUGCAGUACCCUACACUUCCAACUGAAAUCAGUCCAUCAGUAAAAGGUGACCUUCGAUCUCAACCAAGUCUAAAGCCGAUAAGUUUUUUUUUUUUUUCAAUAAUUUUAUUAUAACAAGUCUAACAACAUGAACUUAGUACCUUACGAGCAAUACUAUGGCUAAAAAGGCACCCUGCAUACAAUCAAUAUCAGUUUAUGGACAAGCUCGUAUUCAUUUUCUGUCGUUUAUUUUCGGUGUUUGGGUGGUGUGCAAAAAAAUUGUGAAAUGGGUUUGGAACCCCAGCGCUUCUGGAAAAUUGCAGUUACGUGACACUCCACCGCCGUUUCUUGUGGAUUCUUCAUUAGGACAACACAAACAUGUCAAAUUAAAGGGUGUCAAACUCCAUUACGUCGAAUCGGGUCCAAAACAUCAACCAUUAAUCCUCUUGCUCCAUGGAUUUCCAGAUUUCUGGUUAAGCUGGAGGUACCAAAUUCCUGUACUCUCAACCAACUUCCAUGUGGUAGCCUUGGAUCUUAAAGGCUUUGGAGAUUCGGAUAAACCAGCUUGGAGAACCAGCUACAAAAUCGAUAGGGUUCUAGAAGAACUGACUCAGUUCAUUUAUUCAUUUGGCGUUAGUAACUGUAUUAUAAUUGGCCAUGAUUUGGGUGCUUUAUUAGGGUGGUAUCUAGUUCAUCAAAACCCUAGCGUGGUUAGUAAGUUUGUUACUAUAUCAUGUCCUCAUCCAAAUGUUUAUUGGCAAACGCUCAAUUCAAAAUACAACUAUCAAUGGUUAAACUAUGUGCAGCUUCCUUAUUUACCAGAAAUAGAUGCUUUGAAGGAAGAUGUGAAGAUUAUUGAUCAAUAUUAUAAGCAUUUGCCUCAAGAUUUACUAGAUGCUUACAAAUAUACAUUUUCCAGGAAUGAAGAUUGGACUGGUCCUAUAAACUACUACAGAAAUUUGCCAUUUUUUAAAAUCAGCGAACAAUUAGAUCAAAUAGAAAUUCCUGUUGUUUUAUUGACUGGCAGUAAAGACCAACAUGUGUCAUUAGAAGGCAUAGUGAAAUCUACAGAAUUUUGUGAAAAAUUUCGUUUAAAAAUCAUUGAAGAGACUGGUCAUUAUCCUCACCAAGAAAACCACGAAUUGUUCAAUAAGAUUUUGUUGAAAUUUCUCAUAGACAAAAGUUCUUGUAAUAAAGACAAUACCUCAUCUUCACCAUCAAAAAGACUUAUUAAUGGUUUAUUUGGAGCUGUUUCGAAUACUGUUAAAUAUGGCAAUAGUGUCAUAGAUAGUGUACAAAAGAAAACCAAUGGUGUAGUUAAUAGUAUUCCUUUUGGAAUAAAUUUUAAUAAUCCAACAAGUACACAAUCAUGGAAGGCUGAUUAAAAUUAUUUGUUUUUUGUUUGUUUUUUUUUUUUGUAACCCUUUUUUUUUUGUCCUAAUUUUUCUAAAUGGAAUUCAAAUUUUAAAAAAUUAUUGUUUUA